AUGUCCCGGUGUUCUGGUACCGAGACAGCCUCCGUUUCUGGUUAUGAGCAUUAUUUGAAUGCACUUUGCGUAACUUCCACUUUUCACAUGGCUCAAAACUACUCGUGCGGCCAUGGCCCAUAUUUAAGUGGACAGUCAUAUACCUUCUGGCAGCACGAGUACUCGGUCCAGGCGGCAAAGUAG